GGGCGGGCGGGAGCGAGAGUCCGGGAUUAGGCGAGUCCGGGGCGGCGCCGUCAGGUUAGGCCGCACCGGGAGUGAGUGACAGAGAGAGAGCGAGAGGGGGAGCCGAGGCCCUGGCCGGGGCCUGAGUAAGAUGGUGGCCGUGUUGCUGCUCCUGGUCUUGGCCGCCUGGACCUCGCCGCUCCGCUGCUGCCCCUCGCGCUGCGCCUGUGGGGCCGGGCGGCUGGACUGUAGCGCGCGGGAGGCCGCUCCCCCUCAGCACCUGCCGCCCUGGGUCUCCAAACUAGACUUGAGUCACAAACAGUUGCAUUCUACAAAAGAGAUGAAAUUUGAUGGUCUUCACAGACUUCAGGAAGUGAAAAUGAACUAUAAUGAACUGUCUACAAUCCCAUCAUUUGGCGCAGUAACCUCGAACCUCACACUACUGUCUCUAAAACACAAUCAGGUGUUUGAGAUCAUAGCAGCAGAUCUUCAACCCUACAGCUCUUUGGAAACCUUCGAUCUGAGCUUCAAUUCCAUUUCUGAAGUGACAACGUCUUCAUUUCCUAUAAUGCAGCUGAAAUAUUUACACCUCAAUAAUAACCGAGUCACUUUCAUGGAGCUCGGCUGCUUCGAUAACCUGUCCAGGACUUUACUCGUCCUCAAGCUGAACCGCAACAGAAUUACUGUUAUUCAGCCAAAGACGUUCAGGUUGCCUCAGCUCCAAUACCUGGAACUGAAGCGGAACAGAAUCAGAGUCAUUGAGAGCCUAACCUUUCAGGGACUGGACUCCCUGAAAUCUCUCAAAUUAAAGCGUAACGGAAUCUGCGAGUUAAAGGAUGGAGCUUUCUGGGGAUUGAAUGAAAUUGAGGAGCUGGACUUAGAGGACAACAACCUAACCGAGGUAACCAAAGGCUGGCUGUAUGGCCUCAAACUGCUCCAGCGUCUGCAUCUCAGCCAAAAUGCUGUAGCCAGGAUCAGGACAGGGGCCUGGGAAUUCUGCCAGAAACUGUCUGAGUUGGACUUGACUUAUAACCAACUAACUCGUUUGGACGAGUCCACCUUUCUGGGCUUGAAUUUACUGGAAAGUUUGUACCUGGGAGACAAUCGAGUGAGUUACAUUGCCGACAGAGUCUUCACUGGCUUGUCAAACCUGCUCACACUUGAUCUCAGGAAUAAUGAAAUCUCAUGGGCAAUUGAAGAUUCAAAUGGAGCUUUCUCUGGUUUGGAAAAGCUCAACAAACUGAUCCUGCAGGGAAGCAAAAUAACAUCCAUUACAAGGCGAGCUUUUACUGGGCUUGAAGCUCUGGAAUACCUGGAUUUGAGUAACAAUUCCAUCAUGUCUGUUCAAGCAAACGCUUUCACACAAAUGAAACUGAAGGAACUGAGGCUGAACACAAGCAGUCUUCUCUGUGACUGCCAGCUCAGGUGGCUGCCCCAAUGGCUGCUCAGCACACGGUUUGAACACCAGGUUCAUGCCAGCUGUGGACACCCGGCCUGGCUCACAGGAAGGAGCAUCUUUAGUGUGGCUGCAGACAACUUCAUCUGUGAUGAUUUCCCGAAGCCACAGAUCACGGUGCAGCCGAAGACCAUGGUGGCCCUGAGGGGCAGGAACGUGAGCUUCACCUGCUCAGCCGGCAGCAGCAGUGACUCCCCCAUGGCCACCGUGUGGCGGAAGGACAGUGAGGUGCUGUACGAUGCUGAGAUCCAGAACUAUUCGAGAGUGAGAGGGCCAGAUGGCGAGUUUGUUGAGCACACUACAGUGCUCCAGAUCCAUAGCGUAAACUUCACUGACGAAGGCCGGUACCAGUGUGUUGUCACUAAUUACUUUGGCUCCAAUUACUCCAACAAGGCCAAGCUGACUGUCAACGAACUUCCUUCCUUUCUGAAAACCCCAAUGGACCUGACCAUCCGCACGGGGGCGAUGGCGCGGCUGGAGUGUGCGGCAGAGGGACACCCAGUACCACAGAUCGCUUGGCAGAAGGACGGUGGCACAGACUUCCCUGCAGCUCGAGAGAGGCGCAUGCAUGUCAUGCCAGAGGAUGACGUGUUCUUUAUCGCGAAGGUGAAGAGUGAGGACAUGGGGAUGUACAGCUGCACAGCUCAAAACGCUGCUGGAACCAUCUCAGCCAAUGCCACCCUCACUAUCCUAGAAACGCCUUCAUUCAUGCGGCCUCUGGAAAACCGGACAGUUGCUAAAGGGGAGACGGCCGUGUUACAGUGCAUCGCAGGCGGGAGCCCUCCUCCUCGCUUGAACUGGACCAAGGAUGACGGCCCUCUGGCUGUGACCGACAGACACUUCUUUGUUGCUGGCAACCAGCUGCUGAUUAUUGUUGAUGCAGGUCCAGGGGAUGUCGGGAAAUACACGUGUGUUAUGUCAAAUACACUCGGGACUGCACGUGGUCACAUUUACCUGAAUGUGGUCCUCGCUUCAAAUUGUAACCCGUUGCAGAAAAGCUUUGAGGAGGACGGUUGGACAACCAUUGGGAUUGUGAUCAUUGUUGUGGUUGUUUGUGUGGUGGGGACGUCGCUUGUCUGGGUGAUUGUCAUAUAUCACAUGAGGAGGAAGAGCGAGGAGUACAGGAUGACCAGCACAGAUGAGAUGAAUUUACCAGCGGAUAUCCCAAGCUACCUGUCCUCUCAAGGAACACUGUCUGAGCCCCAGGAAGGCUACAGCAACUCCGAGGCUGGAAGCCACCAGCAGCUCAUGGCGUCCACAGCGCGCGGCUACAUACACAAGGGAAUGGAUGGUAUUUGUUACCUAGACACUGGGAGUGAGAUGGAAGCAGAUGCUCUCACACCCCCACUGGCAGCGAGUCUGCACGGAAUGUACAGCACAGGUGGCGGCUUCCACCCCAGUGAUGUCCCAACAGACCUUGCUCAGCAAAUCGCUCCAGGCAGUAUUUCUGGACCACUGGUGAUCUGCUCGGAUUGUUACGAUGGCGUUCACAUGGUGUCCAGGAGCAGAGACUGUUGCCCAUGCACACACCUGCACAAGGACCAGCCUUCAGAGCACCUUAUUACCAACAUCACAGGACAACUUACACAAGAGAAUUCUGCUGCCCAUGAGCAGCACGGGGCAGUGGACACAGGCAUUGACCUGUCGGGGUAUCUAACUAAUCACAACAGGAUAUGUAAUCCAGGAGCUGCUCCACAGCACAGUACUGAAUCUUGCUCCCGGUGUCCAUGGAGUUUGAAUAUGGACUUGGGACUGCUCGCUCGCUCCUGUUAUUCCCAACAAGCAGUGACUGCUCAGGUGCCUAUGGAUAGUGAGGAUGAGGCAGAUCGUGGUGUCAGCACAGCCAGCCUGAGCCACAGAAGCAGUGAGAGGACUCUCGCUGUACAGCUGUACGGUGCCACCACGUAGAUCACUGUGGUGCAGAACUGAUGGUAAACUACACACCUGAAGCUUCACCGACUACCUCACAAUGCUGACACUGAAACCAAACAUGUCUGUUAGGAUUAGCUUCACUUAUUAAAGUCUUGAGCAGCUUGUGCUUGAGCGGUUUUACCAGUAUAUGGAAGGGGAGAUGAGAGUUUACUCUCCCAUGCUGCUCUCCCACACAAUUUCCAGGAUAUGGAUAAGUAAUGUGUUGUAUGUGUUCUUACAUCGGAAGCGAUUUUAUGGUAAUCUGGGUUGUGGUUCUACUUUGUGUCUUGUGUUGGACAGAAUGUACUAAUAGUUAAAAAUGGUAAAAUCUCUUCAUGUUCCCAAAUGGGAAUUUCAAGAUCUGUCGGCACAAAGCAUCACCAGUCACAGCUGACACCUGUACUUCGUAUUUGGGGAGAAUUUAUUAACAGAACCUCAAAUUCCAAAUGUUAACACUGCUUAAAGAAGAGGUGAAGACAAAGUCUGUACUGCAGGAGUGAGCCCCAGCGACUGGGCCCCAGCUCGAAUCUCUCUUAUACUGUGGCCAAGGUCUGGAGAUGAUCAUAAACGCACAUCUUAUUUUUGCAAAAUGUUGAUUACAUUUCGUGGCCAGAGGCAGAUAACCUGCUGAUGCUGAAACCCUUCAAACUGUUCAGUUCUGCAUCAAGUAUCUUCCAAGUGGCUUGUUUUAUUUUCAGCAAAACAACAGGCUGGAACUUUAGCUAUAAACUGAUUAUUGCAUUUAUAACUUUUAUAUUCUCUAGUAAACUGAAGUGAAAAGCCUUGUAAAUCAUUUUGCUUUUAUAAUUAUGGUCCUCCAGAGCUUAAUGAGUGACAUACACAUAUAAUGCUAUAUUCUACAUCAGCAGCAAGGGAUGCUGUCUAGGGUGACAGUGAACCAUAACUUAACCAAUCUCGAUAAAGUGACCAAACAUUGAGCUCUCUCACUAUCCUCUGAUUCUGCCUUUUCUGUAUAUACAUUUCCUAAUCUCAUAGCCUCAUUUUGUAUUGCCUCAUAAUCUUGCAUUACUCUCUGCUUUCUCUCAUGUCCACAACAUCCCCAACUCUGCCUUUCCCUGAGCAGCUGAAAUCUUUAUUCACGCCUUUAUCAUCUUAGACAUUGCCUACUCUAAUGUUGUCUCCUCAAAACUUGUUGACACCUCAUCUACUCUUCAGCCUUGCUGAAGUUCUGUUUCCUACGCCUGAGCCUUUCACCUGUCAUUUCUAUCAGCUCUGUAGAUGGAGAUUUUGUACUUGAUAUGUUAAAUGGUCAGAGGUGUCAAUAUGAUGUGUGCUUGGACUAGAGGUUUGUGCUCAUAUCUUCCACUUCGAUUGCACCUGCUUCUCUAGCUGUGAAGGAGUUUCAGAUGCCACGAUUACAUAGCAGAUUUCUGAUGGAAGGAGAGACAAAUGGGAAUCUUCUAUAGUGGAACAGAUAUUUGUAAAACUUUAUAUUUGAGAAACCUAGGCCCACAGUGCAGGACUAUCUUUGUUGAAAACCAUGAGGGAGAAGAUGGAAUAAACAAGAAGUGAUGGUGAGAGGUGCUAUAAAUCUGCUGAUUAUUUUGAAGAAUUUACCUCUAACUGAUGUGUAUUGCUUUCGGAGGGUUAAGUGAUUGAACAGGUUCCUUGAACAAAACCUGCAUAUAGCAGAUUAACAGACUAUGUUAACCAUUGUCCUUUAUGUAUAUUUAUACCUUACUGGGUUCUAUAAGGCAUGUGUAAAAUAAACUUCUGUAAAAUAGCUUGUAUUUCUGUAUACAAUAAAAUCCAGGAAAUGACAGUAA